AUGUCAGAUGAAGAGAAGAAAAUAUCAGAAGAAGAGGUAUGAAUGACUGUGGUACUCUUAUCAUGCUUUGUAUUUGUUGUGGAAGUUUACUCGAGUCAUUGAGUCAACUUGACAUGCAGCUGGAGUCAGUUGUUCUAAACUGCAGGUUGCCGCCAGUUGGUGCAGGUUGACGAGAUGAUGAAGAUGGCAUUUAACUGUUUUCACAUCCAACUCUACCCUCUAAACCUGGGUGCACAUUUAAAACUUCAAACUCAACUGCUAACCCUGAGUCUUGAUUGGAAAGUUUGGAAAUUGCGUGCCAGAGAUUUCGAACAUUUAAUAAUGAAUAUAUAGAAAAAAACAAAAUUGUGCAGCCGAUAUCUCCGCAGCGCGAUACAAACUUUCCACACUGGCUGCUAACAUUUAGAUUAGAGGUAUCCAUUGGAGUCUGUGAUUGGUGGAAUCUGACCCUGUACUAACCCUGAAACUAAAUUUGCACCAUCAAAACUAUUCCAGGUUUGCUCUGGGUUAAUGCAGAGUUUUAAAUUCAAACAUCAAUGUUCCUAUAUAUAACCAGUAGAGGUGUGCAAAUCCAAUCCGAAUCUGAUCGGAUUCGUUCGGAUUUUGGAACAUAAAUAUUCAUUUCUGAUUGCAUCAGAUUGAUAAAGUUGUUUCGUAGUCGGAUCAGACUUCGAUAUUCGAAAUAAAACUUGACAUGUAUUUCUUGCUUUUAUAUUUAUUUAUUUAUUUCCACUUGAAUGUUGAAUGAGAAAUUUAUUUUAUUAAAGGAUUCUUCGGAUCGGAUCUGAAUUCUUUAUCAAAACUCAGAUCGGAUUCGGAUUAGACAAUUUCGGAUUAUAAACGUCCGAUCCGAUGCACACCUCUAAUAACCAGGAUUUGACCCCCAGGAUGGCCAGGCUAUGAAACUUGCACUUUGUCAAAAUUUUUCGUAUAAAUUAUUAUUUUAUUAUCAUUUUCACAAGGAAGUCCUAAACCAUCUUGGUGCCAUUGAAACAUUAUCAACAUUGUUAAAUUCAUUACUUGAACAAGCAAAACAAAAUGUCCAAGAAUCAUUGGAGACCUUCGUUAGUGACAAAGUUCGACAACUUGGCCAAGCUAUUGGGGGAUAUUUCAAGUGUUUUAAUGCGCUUCAUGUGAUGACACGACAGGAACUUGAGUCAAAAUGGAAAGCGUGUUAUCAAAAUAGGGAUGUUUGUGAGACUGUUGACAAUUUAUUUGAAGUGGAGGAAAGUUGGAAUGAUUUUCUGAGAAAUGUUGAUGAGAAACUUGAUGGAGGUGUUGUUACUGGUGGUCCACCUGUCGUGGUUGGCUCAACAGCGCCACUGGAUAUAACUCUCUUUAAUAUAGACACAGAAAGGUGAAUAGUUCAACAACCAUUGUACCUGUCCAACUGAUCAACUAAGCUAUGCUGCAAAACAACUGACCACACCCAUAAAAGAUUAUUAGUACUAAUAGCCUUGCUCAUUGGUUUUUGCCAGUUUUCAUAUCCUGUUAAUUCUCAAGCUACAAGCUCCUGCAAUUAAUUUCAUUUACUAAUUAGGAGUUAUUCAAACAAUUGAUUAAAUUACAAUGCCUCAAUGUGCCUCAAAGCUCAUUUCUAGAGAGGGUUAAUAAAAUCCACUAUUUGCAAAAUCCACUUAGUCCAAAUGAUAAGUAACAUUCCUAUGAUAAGAAUUGUUCUCUUUUAUAGCCCUACUACGUUGAGUGACUUCAAUAUUGGAUCAAACAAUUUACUGCUGGUAUUAUUACGUCAUUUUGCUUGACUACCAUGACGUGACCAUGUCAUGCAACUUCAGAAUGCUAGACAAGAAUUUGAAAAUAUUAGAACUAAGGUGGCUGUAGUUAGCUUUGGGUCACAGGUAGGUAGAGGUAUAUUUUCUUUUCAGCAUUUUCUUAUGUGGGUAAAGGGUAUUACUUACAAGUAUUACAGAAAUAUUAAUGAUAAAUAAUUAAACAUCAUGAUUUUUACCAAUUUAUCAUCUGGGAAAUUUAUAAUAACCAAUGGUAAGAGUUUAGUUAAUAGUUGUUAGUAUCCUGCAUGCAGCCCCAUGACAUCAUAAUGGUUGCAAAUGUUUGGCUAAGUUUUUUCCAUGAAUAUGUAUGUUUCAACAUGAUAAAUCUUUAAAACCAUUCAAAACCAUCCCUGUGUUUAUGGUCAGUAGUAUGUUAUCAGUGGGGCUAGUCAGUCACACAGUCGGUUUGUUUGUUUGUUUGUUUGUUUGUUUGUUUGUUUGUUUGUUUGUUUGUUUGUUUGUUUGUUUGUUUGUUUGUUUGUUUGUUUGUUUGUUUGUUUGUUUGUUUGUUUGUUUGUUUGCAUGUUCUCAACCCACAUGUUCACUAUUGAAUAUUGCAGACUUUCCAAUUUUUCUUCCAGGAGAAAGCAAUAGCUUGGAAGAAGGAUACAAAAUGUGAGUUCCCAAUGUUACUGGAUGCAGACCGUCGCCUUUACGUGGCUCUAGGCUUGAAAAGGUCAGUCUCUAAAGUGUGGGCUAUAUCCUCAUUGGUUUAUUACGCAGAGCAGAAAUUAGCUGGACGAAAACUACUUUCUAUGUUAGAUGAAGACGAUCCGCAUCAACUUGGAGGAGAUUUUAUCAUUGAUAGCACUGGAAAGCUAGUUUUGGUUUAUCAAAGUAAAACUUCAACCGAUAGACCUUCGGUACAUUUUGUAUUAAACUUUUUGCAAUCAAAUUCAGACCCAGCGUAGUCGUAGUUAAGAAUGUAUAGACUUCCAUAAACAAGUUUGAAUUUUUAAAAUGUGUAAUUUACAAUCUAGUUGUAUUAUGAAGACAGUAGCUGAAACCCAUAUUGGAUGGCUACUGUUGGAACUGCUUGCAACUAAUAAUGAUAUAAAUUGUAGUCAUAUAUAUACCUUCUAUAUUUUAGUAAAAUACUCAAUUUUCAAGUAAAAUUAUUAAUUCAAUGAUUAACGAUGAAACUACGAUGAUUUCGUCUAAUUUGGUUGUUUUAACGCAGAGGAAUGCAGGAUAGCAAUGAGCGCGUCAGCAACGCGGUAUGACCGCCAGAAAAAUCCUGGAACGGAAGGUUCAUCUCCAAUUCCAGCCACGAGUCUGCCUCGUAUGCACGUCGACGUUGCUGUAUGGUACUCCGUUGUCGACAAACCAGGACGAGCUUCGUCCAAAACUCUCGUUUUCUCUCAUUCCUGCUCAGGUUAGCUUGUGA